CUAGGGGGCGGAGUCGUGGACUCGCUCCUCCCCGGACAGGGCGAGAUGGGGAAGUUCCGCCCAGCAGCCCGGCCUCUGGGAGGACUGCCCCACCCCCUUCCUGCCGGACUAGCCAGGCUGGAGGGCAGAUCCGCGGUUGUGAGGUUGCCUGGAGGGCCAUGCCUCUGUCCGUGCACCCCCAAGUGGCCUUAGACGUGGUCAUAGGCCUGGUGAGUACCUUGUCUUUCCUGUUGGACCUGGUCGCCGACCUGUGGGCCAUCAUCCAGUACGUGCUCGUUGGCCGUUACCUGUGGGCCGCGCUGGUAGUGGUGCUGCUGGGCCAAGCCUCGGUGCUGCUGCAGCUCUUCAGCUGGCUCUGGCUGACAGCUGACCCCACCGAGCUGCACCAGUUGCAGCCCUCGCGUCGUUUCCUGGCUCUGCUGCACCUGCUGCAGCUCGGCUACCUGUAUAGGUGUCUGCACGGAAUGCGGCAGGGACUGUCCAUGUGCUACCAGGAGGUACCGUCUGAGUGUGACCUGGCCUAUGCCGACUUCCUCUCCCUGGACAUCAGCAUGCUGCGGCUUUUUGAGAGCUUCUUGGAGGCGACCCCACAGCUCACGCUGGUGCUGGCCAUCGUGUUGCAGAGUGGAAAUGCCGAAUACUACCAGUGGUUUGGCAUCAGCUCAUCCUUUCUGGGCAUCUCGUGGGCAUUGCUGGACUACCAUCGGUCCUUGCGCACCUGCCUCCCCUCCAAGCCGCGCCUGGGCUGGUGCUCCUCUGCGGUCUACUUCCUGUGGAACCUACUGCUGUUGGGGCCCCGGAUCUGUGCCAUCGCCACGUUCUCGGUCGUCUUCCCCUACUGCUUGGCCCUGCAUUUCCUCAGCCUGUGGCUGGUGCUGUUGUACUGGGUCUGGCUUCAAGACACGAAGUUUAUGCCAAACUCUAAUGGCGAGUGGCUAUACCGGGUGACGGUGGCGCUCAUCCUUUAUUUCUCCUGGUUCAAUGUGUCUGGGGGUCGCACUCGAGGCCGGGCCACUAUCCACCUGUGCUUCAUCCUCAGUGACAGUGUUCUGCUUGUCACCACCUCCUGGGUGACAGACAGUACCUGGCUGCCCGGUGGGGUCUUAUUGUGGGCGGCUUUAGGCGGCGCCUGCUUCUCCCUGGGACUGGUUUUGCGUAUGAUCUACUACCUCCGGCUGCACCCUAGCUGCAGCUGGGAACCCGACUUCGUGGAUGGGACCCUAAGACUCCUCCCUCCCGAGCGUCCUCCUAAGCUGAUUUAUAACAGGCGUGCCACUCGGUUAGCACAGAACUUCUUUGCCAAGCUCAAAACCCAGGCCGCCCUGCCACAGGCGGUACAGCUGAACGGAGUCCUCUGAGGCAGGGUCUGAUUCAGCCAGUGAGGAAGAUGAGGAGAGUGGGGCCUUGCAAGGGACAAGGGGGCCAAUCAUGUGCAAGCCAGUUUUUUUCCUCUUCAACCGAUAGAGCUGCCAUUGCCAAAUCGUCAGUUGUUACCAACUCUCACCUCUCACGUGAUUGGUGGCGUCCUGGUUCCUGGUUCCCUAGCCUGCUCUAGAUGACAGACUCUGGGGGAUGUUCUCGAGAACGCUUCCCUACCCUAUCCCAUCCAUUCACUUCCCCCAACAAAUGCACUGAUGUUCUGGGAGCAUCAUCCUGACUUCUGAACUGGCUGCCACCCUAGCUUCUUUCCCUGCCCACCUGGACAAAUCCUCCGUAGACUCCUGAAGAGCGGAGGCCAGAGAUGCCCCUCCAGUGUCCUGACGUCCAGGCUCUUAGGCCACCUUACACCAAGUGCCUUAUGGACCUGUGGCCUAGGCCAUGUGAUGCCCACCGAGUAUUUUUCAUUCUCCUACCUCAGUCUGUGUGAAAGAAGAACAUGUGUGCAUGUGUUUAGCAGUAUUAAAACCUCACGAGAGUCUCCAAACCA